AUGCCGAAAACCAAAGCGGCAUUUGUUCCGCAAGGCUUGGAUGAUUAUAUCAUUAUGGGGAGAUAUGUGAUAUUUGUGUGUAUUGCUGCAGAACUGCUGAUUUUGCCGCAGGUUUCAGCAAUGUUUUAUAUGAUUUAUGCUGGUGAGUGCUAAUUCUAAUAAAUAAAAGAAAAUAAAAAAGUUCCAAGUGGGAGUCGAACCAGAGAGUGUGCGAUCAAAAUUCUUAAGCCCUACCGGCUGCGCCAAGGGUGCAUAUUUUUCUACUGCUAAAAUUGCAAAGACAAUAAAACUGUUUGCAGGCGCUGCACCACGAGUUGUUUCCUGCGCCGGUCAACAUUUCGACGAACUCCUCGAAGGCAAAGAAAUUUGCUUUAAACUCGAAGAAAUGCCGAAUUGCACUCAUCCAGAUUUCCGAUAUCAAUUCAAAAGUGUCAAUGUUGAAUGGAAAUAUUUUUGCAAAACGUCGAAAUUGGUCAAAAAUAGCAUAUCGAUUCAAAUGUUGGGUGCAAUUGUUGGAAGUAUUACUUUUGGACAGAUUAGUGAUAGUUUUGGAAGGAAGAUUGUGAGGAUUUACGCUAAGUCACGAGAGUUUUAAAAAUUUCUUUUGCAUUUUUGAGCGGGAACAAUUUUGAGCUUUAAAUUAAAGAAUAUAAUUUUCAAAAAUUCGAAUUCUAAAAUUUUAAUUCUAAAAAUUUAGAUUGAAAUUUCAAUUUUAACGUGAGCUAUGACGUGGCAAUUUGAAAUUCAGAUUUUUUAUUUCAGAAAUGCAAAAAAUUUUACUAUUUUUGGGUUUUCAGAUUUUUCAGCUGGAAAAUUAGAAUUUCGCACCUAAAAAUUCAGAAUUUUCAAAACUUCCCAAAACCCCCUGUGCCACGUGGAUUUAUCCUAACUCCAAUUUCAUUCCAGGGUUCCCAAAUCGCUCUAAUCGGAAUGAUGUUGAGUUGGCUAAUCGUGGCCAAAACCGAAGACUUGUUCCAAUUCACAAUAGCCCGUGUAAUCACCGCGUUUUUUGCUGGUGGAAGUAUUUCGUGAGUUUUUUUAUGGGGAAAUGCUGAAAAAUGCUGAAAAUGCUGAAAUUUCCAGAAUAAUCAAUGUAUUCAUCAUGGAAAAUAUUCCGAAAAAGCAUCGAAUGUGGAUAAAUAUGCUGAUAACUUGGUCACCAAAUAUGCCGGUUUACGCGUUUUUGGCGUAUUUGGCUGAGAGUUGGGAUCGAUUGGCGUUGAUUAAUGCGCUGGUUUGUAUUCCGGGAAUUGUUUUUUUUCAGUGAGUUUUGGGAUUUCCGGGGGUUCAGGUUUUUUAGUAGCGAAACUGUGAUAAAUCUCAAAUUUUUUUGAUUUUCCCGGGCUCCCAAUUUUCUUACUCGGCUUCUGAAAGCCAGGCUUUUACACUUGAAUUUCGGCCUGAAUAUUUUAAGCCUCAUUAUUUUAGGCCUGGUAUUUUGAGACUUUCAGGCUCGAUUUCAGGCCUCGCUUAUGAUUUUUAAAUAUGAUUUCCUUGGGGGAUUCCUAAAUUUUCUGAUUUUCCGAAGCUCGAAUUCUUCACUUUUCAACUUAGGCCUAACUAUUUUAGGUCUGGUAUUUUUAGACUGAGACUUUCAGGCCUCGAAUCCUACAAUUUUCAGGCCCAGUUUUUAAAAGCCUCAAUUUUUAAAGUUUAAAUUUUGUUAUAGGUCUGUGAGUUUUGUAGUAAUUUUUGAUUCGAAACUUUCAGGCCUCACUAUUUUUAGGUCCGUUUUCGAGCUUUAAUCUAGGCUUUGCAAAUUUUCUUGGGCCUAACUUUCAGGCUCAAUUUCAGGCCAUGAAUUCUUCAAAUUUUCAGACCCAGUUUUUGAAACGCCUAAUUUUUAAAGUUCAUAGUUUGUUAUAGGUCUGUGAGUUUUGUAGUAAUUUUUGACUCGAAACUUUCAGGCUCGAUUUUAGGCCUCGCUAUUUUUAGGUCCGUUUCUAGGCUUUAAUCUAGGCUUUGCCAAUUUUAUUAGGCCGAUCUAUUAGGCUUAAUUUCAGGCCUCGCUAUUCUUUAGGCUCGACUUCAGGCCUAGCUUUUCUUUGGGCUCAAAUUUCAAUCCUACUUUUUUUUCAGGCCCAGUUUUUGAAAGCCUAAAUUAAGGUCUAGUUUUUUCAUUUAGGCUCUGGUUAUUUUAGGCUUAAAAUGCAAUAGUCUAGUAAUUUUCGACUCAAAAGGCUUUAGGCUUGAAUUAAGGUCCGUUUCUAGGCCCAAAUCUAGGCUUUGCCAUUUUUCUUAGGCUGAAACUUUCAGGCUUAAUUUUAGGCCUCGCUAUUUUUAAGCUCAAAAUUUAACUUUAGUUUUUUUUGUGAAAAAAAACCUAAAUUAAAGUCUAUGUAGUUUCGAGGCGAUUUUCAAGGCUUGAAUUCAGGCUAAAUUUUUUUAGGCUUCUAUUUUAGGCCCUCUUAUUUCAGGCCUGUUUUAGACCCUCAUUUUCCAGAUUCUUCAUCCACGAAUCUCCACGUUGGCUAAUCACAAAAGGCAAACUCGAAGAAGCCAAACAAGUUUUGCACAAACAAUUCAAAACUUCAAAACAGGAAUAUUUGAUGGGCGAAGAAUUUGAUGAUAUUUUACAUCUAGAAUAUACGGUAGAUCAAAUUUUCGCGUGCCAUUUUUUCAAAAAAAAAAUUCAAAUUUUUCCAGAGAGCUGUUCAAAAACAGAAAAAAGGUCAAUACUCAUAUUUGCACCUUUUUGCCACGUCACAUUUGGCUAUUACUACGGUAGUUUUGGCGUUUAGUUAGUGAGUUUUAGAGGAAAAAUCUCGGGUCCCCAAAAAAAGCUUUUUUUUUCAAAAAUCAAAAAUUGCCUAAUUAAAUUGUUUUUUGUUUUUUUUUCUGCAAGAAAAAAAACUAGAUAAAAUCGUGCAAAAAAUAACCAGAUUUUCGGCCAAGAAAACAGAUUAUUUUAUUCAAAAUUAAAACACAAACUUUAUUUUGUUUUUUGCAGAGGAAAAAAUGAGCAAAAUAUCAAAGCACAAAACGCUGUGCUUUGAAUUUUGAUAGAAACUAGAAGGGCUUCGCUGGCUAACGCCAUCUACAGUAGAAAUGACUGAAAAUAUUCGACUAGACUACUUGACAACUAGGGCUUUUAGGCGCGGCUACUUGACAUUGAAGCUCUCAAGGCUCAACUACUGGACAACUAGGGCCUCUAGGCGCGGCUACUUGAUACAUAAGCUCUCAAGGUGCGGUUGCUUGCCAGAUCGGGUCUCGACGCGAGUCCUAUACAAUUAGAUUCUUCAAGCGCCGUCAUUUGAUACUUGGGGCUUCUAGGCUCGACUACUUGACACAUAGCUCUCAAGGCGCGGGUCCUUGACGUUAGCACUUUCUAAGUGCGGUCGCUUGCCAUAGUGAAUUUCUAGAUGUGGGUACUAGCCAUUCAGCUUCCUUAAGCGCGGCUACUUGACAAUUAGGGCUUCUAGGCGCGGCUACUUAACAUUGAAGCUCCCAAGGCGCGGUUCCUUGCCAGAGCAAAUUUCUAGAAAUUCUGAAAAUCAAAUUUUCAAAAAAUAAUCCAAAAGAUCCCAAAUUUUUCGAACAAAUUCCACACUGAAAAUUUUCAUCAAAAAAUGUUCCAUCUCCAAAUUUCCAGCUGCGCAACAUCAGUCAUAAACUACGGUGUCCUAUUCAACAUGGAAAAAUUGAGCGGCUCGAUUUACUGGAACUCUGUCUACACAGGAAUCAUCCGCUACUUUUGCAACAUCACUUUCGGUUAUGCGGAUCUGAAAUUCGCCCGAAUCGGCCGGAAAUUCAUUCACACCUCGGGAUUGGUGGUGAUUUUGGUGUCGUUGAGUUUUGUAGUCAUUUCGUAUGCGUUGCGUGAGUUUUGAAUUGAAAUUUUCCCCCGAAAAAAAAUGUUUUUGUACUCCUGUGUUUUCCCCAAAAACCAGAAAAACACAAACACACACACAUCAUCUGAUUUUCCCCAAAAAAAGUGCACAAAGUUCUAGGAAAAAUCCGAUUUUCAGAGAUAAACCUGAUCCGAAAAAAAACAAGCUUUUUUUGAAAAGUCAAAUUUCAGUAGAUCACUUUUUUUGGAAUGAUAUCAGAAAAAUCACUAAACUACAGUAUUCAAAAAAAAUUUGUAGAUCAAAAAAAGUCUACAGUAUCCUAGAAAAUAAGAAUCGUAGAUCGAAUCAAAAAAAUUUUAGAGUCAAGAGUACUGUAAGCUACAGUAGUUUGUGAUGCCUUCCAAAAAGUACAGUAUCCCACCAAUAAACUGCAGUAAUACUGAACUGCAAAAAAUUACUGUCUAUUCCACAGUAAUCCUAGAAACAUUCCGAAAAAUCUGUAAAUCAAAAUUAUGUGCCCAAUAUUUUACGGUAAUCCGCUCGGACUACAGUAAUACUAUAGGAAAAGUCUGAAAUUGUGUGGAUACUACAGUAACCCCACUAAACUACAGUAUUCAAAAAAUGUAUACGAACUACAGUAUCCUAGAAUAAUUUUUUUUUUUUUAACUUUUCGAAAAUACAGAGGUACAGUAAAUCAGUACAGUAUCCUCAUAAAUAAACUACAGUAACACUGAACUGCAAAAAAAUACAGUAAUCUUAUCAAAACUAUAUACAGUAAUCCUAGAAACAUUCCGAAAAAUCUGUAGAUCAAAAUUAUUAUCGAAAAUCUCAUCGGUACCACGCGCUCCACCGAAAUAAACACGCAACGCAGACCGCGCCGCGCCAAAACACACAAAAAAAAGGGAGGGAAUUUGAAUCGUUCCCAUUUUUGUGUGUGUGUUGUGGCGCGGCGCGGUCUGCGUUGCGUGUUUAUUUCGGUGAAGCGCGUGGUACCGAUGAAAUUUUCGAUAAUAACAACAAGACCUACAGUACCCUCUUGAAUCAUUUCCAGACAUCAAUCACGAAACCAAAGAACUCAUCCGCUACUCAAUUCUAAUCGCAAGUUCAAUGACAUCACAAAUCUACAUUGCCAACGGUAUAGUUGGAAAUGAAUUGUUCCCAACACCAAUUCGAACAAUCGGAUAUAGUUUCCUACAACUUUGGAAUCGAAUCGGAGUUGUUGUUUCACCAUUUGUAUUUUAUUUGGCUGAUUAUUGGUUGGGUCUUCCAUUUUUGGUCAUGAUUUUGUUGUCUUUUAUUGAUACAUUUUCAUUCGAAUGUUUGUUGCCGGAAACGAAGGGAAAACAUUUGGUCGAACAUAUGCCGCCAAAGAAUGAAUGGUUUUUUAAGAGUGAGUUGGGGGGGGGGCUGAAAAUUUGGGAAAAAAAAAUUUAAAAAUUGGAAAUUUCAGCCAAGUCUUUUGAAAAUUGUUUCAUGAAUGUUUUUAGAGGUUCCUAAAGAUUUAUAAAGGUCCCCAAAGGCUUCUAAAAAUCUCUGAAAGUUCCCAAAGCUUCCUUAAGGUCCCUAGAGACUCCUUAAGGUUCUAGGGAGGUUAAAGUUAGGUGUGCAGUCAAAAUUCACAUUUGAUACUCAGUCAAGAAAUCAGGUACGCAGCCAAAUCGGUAGAUCAUCAGAUACGGAUAUCCAAUUAGAUACGCAGUCAAAAUUCACAUUUGAUACUCAGUCAACAAAUCAGAUACGCAGCCAAAACCAAUCUCCACAAUCCCCCAAGAAUCUGUGAUUUUCAAAAAUUCCAAAAAAUCCGGGAUUUUUCGAAAUCCUGUAAGGUUUUCAACAAAUCUCAAAAGUUCACAUUUUUUUGGAAAAUUGAAUUUUUUGUUGUUUUUUUUUUUCGAAUAAAAAUCUAUGAUCUUUUUCUCAAUCUUCUUUCCCAGAGAUUCAGCUUAAAAUUUAAGUUUUUCGGAUUUUAGUCGGACUUUACGUCAAAUAUUUGUUUUUGAGGUAAAAAGUUCGAAAAUAUUAAAAUUCCUACGCGUCAUAACUAGGUUCUCAAAUUUUAAGAUUCUCAAAAAAUUCCAGAUUUUUGCCACGUCAUAACCCAAUAUUUUUGCAGAACCCGAACAGAUUCUCGAACUCGUCGAAGAUCCAUCAAAUCAACGUCCAGUUAUCGAAACUCCAGUUGUAACUCAACCCUAA